CCAACUCCAUUAAAAAAAUAUGCACAAAAUUCAAUAUUCUUUACCAUCCGUGAUAGCACUGGGCUUUUCUUUAUUUCAAUUGUAUUUUCUUUAUCUAUGGUUUUUCUUUGGACAUAUUUACUUCAUUCUUUUGCACAUGUUUUUGUGUGGGUAACUGUAAAAAUAGUGCCAUUUGUUGGAAUAUUAAUAUUUAUAUGGACAAUAACAGAGGCUUUUACAGGCGCACUACGUGAAUCAGGAAUGCCUGAUCCUCAAGAUGAUUU